UUUGAAGUAUAUUUUUGGAAUAGUAUGAGUUCUUUUUAUUGAAUUAAUUUAUAGAAUUCAAGCAUGGGGGAUGGAAUGUUAUGAAUUUCGAAAUGAAUAAGGAAUGUCAUUUAAUUUUUUUACUUGUAAAAUGAUUUUUAGAGAAUAGAUCUAGUUUAGUUCAUACUUUAGUAGGAGUAGUAAAUGCUUAAGGAAAAUGAUAGAGUGGCAGGAAGUUUUAGAGAAUGAUUAAUAAUCUUAUAAUGGGUUAUAAGUAUUUGAUUAAUGGAACAUUGUUAUAUUAAAUUUGAAGUAAAAGUAAUUGAACUUAUAUAGAUAAGCACCAAUAUGGAUUGAGAAAGCUAUUAGAAAAAGUUUUUUUUGGAAGUCCUGGAGUAAUAUAACUCAGUAUGAGUUAAUAAGAUUAGUAAUAUGAUUAAAUAUCUACCG